CAACAUGACUUUCUACACAAGCAGCAGCCUCUACACUACGCAUGCGAUACCGAAUGGCAUUCCAGUACGAAUGGAGGAGAAACCGAAAAAUAAAAUGAUAUUUCUUGAUGUGACGCCAUCACGGACUCCGAAGCCUGCGUCGCCGAAUGCCGUUGUUCCGAUGAAGAACAAUCUCAUAGACCCUCAUAUCUAUAAGGACAUUGUGUACGAGAAUAUAAAGCCAGUUUUCACCGUACUUCGACUAAUGGGAGUCCUUCCUUUGACACGGCCAUCGCCUGGCGUAAAUCAGUUCAAAAUCGCGUCGCCAUCUGUGGUAUAUUCUUUAAUAUUGUACAUUGCACUAAUCAGCUAUGUUCUGUAUUUGUCUCUACAUAAAGUUCAGAUUCUUCGUACGGCAGAAGGUAAAUUCGAAGAAGCUGUUAUUGAAUAUUUGUUCACUGUGUAUUUGUUCCCCAUGUUAGUUGUGCCGAUAAUAUGGUAUGAAACUAAGAAAAUUGCUGGCGUGCUUAAUGGAUGGGUUGAUUUUGAGGUCGCCUACAAAGAUCUAUCCGGCCGUGCGUUAUCGAUAAAACUAUACAAAAAGGCGUUAAUAAUCGCAGUCAUAAUUCCGAUUCUAUCGACGGGCUCUGUAAUUGUCACCCACAUUACUAUGGUGCACUUCAAGGCAAUGCAGAUAAUACCUUAUGUUUUCUUGGAAAUUCUCACAUAUAUUUUAGGUGGAUAUUGGUACUUGCUCUGCGAGACGCUAAGCGUUUGUGCUAACGUAGUCGCCGAGGAUUUCCAACAGGCGCUUCGACACGUCGGCCCCGCUGGAAAAGUCGCGGAGUAUCGAGCAUUGUGGCUUCGUCUCAGCAAGUUAGCGCGAGACACUGGCCUCGCUAACAGCUACUCCUUCACUUUUGUUAAUCUAUACCUGUUCCUUAUAAUAACACUUUCAAUAUACGGCUUACUGAGCCAAAUAUCGGAGGGAUUCGGGAUUAAGGAUAUUGGACUGGCGUUAACAGCAGUAUGCAGUAUAUUUCUAUUGUUCUUUAUUUGCGACGAAGCGCACUAUGCUUCCCAAAAUGUAAGAACAAAUUUUCAAAAGAAACUGUUAAUGGUGGAACUGUCGUGGAUGAACACUGACGCACAAACAGAAGUGAAUAUGUUUUUACGCGCCACUGAAAUGAACCCCUCACAAAUCAGUCUCGGAGGAUUCUUCGACGUUAACCGCACACUGUUUAAAUCGUUGCUAACAACAAUGGUCACCUAUCUAGUUGUUCUUUUACAAUUCCAAAUCAGCAUUCCAGAUGAAAGUCAUUCGUGGGAGAGUCAUGAUAAUGAACUUGUCUCUAACGCCACAUCAUCAGUUACGGAAACUACGACUACCACCGUCAUGACGACUAUUAUGACAACACUGGCAAAAAGGAAAAAGAAGAAUUAAUAAUCGAGAUCAUGUUGUUAAUUUUAAUGCGCCAAAAAUAUUUUAAGCUGUAAUUCAUAGUUUUUCACCCAUAUAAAUAAUACUAAGCACUUACAAUUCACAAUGCGCCGAAACGAAUAGUUAGAGUCCGCAGUUUUAUUGUUUUCUUCGUCUAUUUAUCCAACAACCCUAAUAUUUGAAAAUCCAGAUGUACAAAUGUAGAAUACCAAAAGUAAAAUUAUAUCUCUUUAGCAUCCACCCAACUGUAUUUAAGAUAUUGGAAUUCCUUCUUAUCAUUAAAACACGCUAUUAUUUGAUGGCAAAGCAAUUAAUUAGA